CCUACAUGCAGCAUUUCUAACGCCUAUUGGAGCGUUCCGUUUUGGAGGUCAAGCAAGGUUCCUCGUUCUCUCACCUGAAGAGAAUGCGACGUCUUGGCAUCUACGGCGCCAUGCCCCCAUGAAGUUCACGGAGUGUGAUCCUCACCCUGGCCGCGGAACACGACGACACAACAGAGUAUCGUUGGAGAUGCUCCUAUACUUUGACGACGAAGUCACUGCAGUAGUUCUGGUCACCCACUCACUUCUCAGCCAGAUUUCCUCCCUUACAAUGGAGGGCAGCCUGUUGGCAAGGAGUAUGAGCUCCGGCCAAUGACGAGCGCUCUCUGGACGCUCUUUUCAACCAAGCCCUGACUCUGCAGCUUCUCCGAUGCACUCAGCGCUCUGCAUUCACCAUUUCACCGUCAGGAUUCGACAUGGCUCAGCAGGAAAUGCACGAAAUAAAAGGUAGAAGUGGAAACUUUCUUUGAAUGGGCGCUUGUUACCCCAAAAUCAUCUGUGCAGGCGAUGAUGCGACAUUGGCGGCAACUGCGAGAUAUGUGACUGACUCGAAAACUUCCAAACCCUCAUAAAGCGCGCCAAAUCCCCCGCCCGACUCAUGCGCCCAGCCCAGGGUUGGCCAGUCUCAUCUAGGCUCAUGCUUCCGGAUGCCAGUGGCAGCAGGUUUGGCACUCUCGCCAUAAGUGUCGGACGAAUCAAGUGAUUCGAUGGCGACAAAUCCUCGUGUUACUGGGGAACCGACGGUGGCCGAGCUCACCGUUACGAACCUCCAGUGAGAUGUCAACGUGUUCCUAGAUAUCAUUCACAUCCGUAGAGUAUUGGGAAGCGUCAAGCGACGAGAUUGAUACCUGGGCAGGACACAAGCGACGAGGUCCGUCGAUGCCUCUUACUUGCAGCAAAUUAUCUCGUGAGCGAAGGAAUAUGGCGGCUACAGGCAUGGCUUUUGCAGUGAAGUGCAAAAAGGGCACCCGAAGCAUGAAACAAACGGUGGGAUGCGAGCCCAGCAACAGAGAAUCAAGCUAAGAGGAGAUCACAGGUGGGAUCCAGAUUCAAACAAACCACAUGCAUCCUUCGGCUGCAAAUGCGUUGAAGCAAACAGCAAACGGAAAAUGCAUGCGCCUCUGGAAUGCGACCAGUGUAGGGAUGCUGAUGAGACCGCACACAGCACUGGGAAUUUGGGCUGGUCUAGACGAACGCAGCAUGGCGGCGUAGCAUGCUGCUUCAUCAAGCCAAAUGAGGACUCCCCAACCAGCACUUUUUUCAUCAAGAUAUAUAUGUGUCUUGUUAUAUUAUCCAUCUACAUCAAGCUACUUCGCUAACAGGGUACGUACGUGUCGCCUAACUUAGAGAGAACCCAAGGGUGGUUUUUUUCUUUUUUUUUCUUUUUUUUUUUCUUUUUUCGAGUGAAUGAGUUGAGAGAUGAUGAGCCGAGACCUGUAAAGAGCCCCCCCACUCUUUUGUUUUACCCUCUGCUCUUUCUUUUACUUUCUACUUUUUCCUCCGGGGAACGGGCGCGGUGCACUCGGGCGGGAGAAGCGCUAAACACUCUUCCCAGGUCCCCCAACAGACAGAUCUGAUCCAUAAACUGCAAGGAAGCGUGCGCCGCAACAAGCGGGAGGGUCCGGUCCAGGCGUCCUCAUUGGAGAGACUAUCUUGCAAGAGAGAUUACGCGCACUGUACAUUCUCCUUUUCGCCCCUCCUGCGCUCUUCAUCUCUGCGUCACUCAUUCUCCUACUUUGGCCUGUUAAGGACGGGCCGUCGCUGUCACAGUGCCCAGCUUCUCCGAUAACAAAUCUUUUCUAUCAACCCCCCCAAUCUAGCAACUGCCCAUUCGGCCUGUGACUUCCAGAAUCACCUACUCGUCCACCGGCGCCCGUAGACGGACAAAUUUCUGGUCGACCAUCCACGACGGAAUUCAAUCGCAAUCAAUUGUCACGACCCAACACCACCCCUUUCAUCCCUUCUGAUCGUUGAUUUCAUCUCUGCGACGCACGGGAAAUAUCGUCGACAUUCCGUUUUUCCCCAAAACGGAUGUCGCGACAGCUCAUGACAUGACUGAGGUCGGGCCUGCCGACCGCUCCAGGCUUUUGCGAUCAAAACGCGAUGAAUUCACCUCAAUUGUAACGUCGAGGAAGCGGAAGCUCCGCCAGCUCUUCGCUGUCGCGACCGAGAGCGAUGCACUCCCGACAAAUGACUUCGCGAACCCCGACGCGCCGCCCACCUCAGCAGCCGAACUGCAAUUUUUGCAAACCUGCGACAUUUCACAAGGCCGAAAGCUGAAUGAAGCGAAUGUUCCUGCCCGACCUCAACUGCGCUACGAUGCGUUGAGGCACUCCCUCGACCGUUCUGGCCUUUUCGCACCAGAGCCUACGCCCGCGCCUGCUACAAAGCAAGAUGCCGUCACCGAAUCUCAAACGAACGAAGCUCCUCUGCCGUCGCAACGGCAGCCUGUAGCCGAAACCAGCGAUGAGAAUGGCAUCCCGCCGUCACCUCGAAUAACCGCGGGCGCUCCUCUUCCUUCAUCACUUCCGCCGAAGCCCCCAACGCCUGUGUCCGUUGCAGCAGCACCGGCGACUUCGACUCCAUCCGGCGUUGCGAGACCGUCCGUUGUACCCGCCCCGGUCACCUCGCCGUCGCCAGCUGCGGUUCCCCCAAAGGAUCCUCUUCAUGCAUCGCGACAGGAGGCUAGCGAGGCUGCAGAUGCUGCAGAUGCUGAAGUUGCCGAGAAGUCCGCUCCCUCUCCGGCGCGGAAUGAGUCCAGCGGCGUCUACAAGCAGCCAGAAUCCCGGUCAGCCGAUGCGUCCCAUGUAGCUCCCGCUCAACCCGCUCAACACGCUCCUCAACCACCGGCUACUCAACUGCCCCCCCGGCCCGAUGUCAAGCAACCGGAGGAAGCGAAGUCUCCGGCUGUGAAGCUGCCGCCCGAUGUCUCGAGGGCAGCAGAAGGGUUCUCUUCGCCGAGCUCGACCACACAAACUGCCGCGACACCGGCUGUUCAUGAUGUUUCUACAGAUACCAGCCCAGACAAUGAAGGUCCCCAAUAUCUGGAACCGGCAGAGGUUCAAAAUGAGACCGACGCAGCGGACGGUGCCGAACAAGCUAAGGAAUCCGAUACCGGCCAUUCUUCUGAUGCCGAUUCAAACCAUGCUAGAAUUCCGGACGGGCCCGAGGCCCAGCUUCUGCAGGAGUCCAUGGCGAUGGACUCAAAGCCAACACCAGCAGCAGCUCAAGCCGCCGCGAAGCAGCCAACGCCCCCUUCCGUCCCUGUUGUCCCUGUUGUACCUGUCGCCACUUCGAAGGAAGUGUCCGAGCAAGCGACGCCGUCUAUCCCACCCAUUGCGCAAGAUGCCCCUCUCACGAAGGUUGAGCCAAUUAUGUCUGCUGCAGUCAAAGAAAUCCCAGACAGCCAGGAAUCCCAAGACGCAGACAGAAUGGAUGUGGAUCAACCCGCCACUACCCAAACAGAAGAAAAACCUUCUGUCCAGGUACAGGACACUCGUGCCGAAUCAAAGACAGCCGAGACUCAACAAACUCCAUCUCAAGCGCCAGUGGAGACACCGCAGGACCCUGAGCGAGCGGUCACUAGAACUGCGUCUGGCACAAUAAGACAAAAGUCCGUUGCCGAAAUCUUGGGAGGAUCGACACCUAUGGACUCUGCCCAGACCGGCGUGGCCGUCAAGGUACCACCCAGCCAGCUGACGCCAAUGACGGCUACUCCCAAGUCCCCGACCAGGCCAAAAGUCUUUGCGAACAAGAAGAAGGAGAAGGAGAAAGCUAAGAACAAACCGUCCGCAGUGGUCUUUGGCAAGCAGACCAAGCGGUCCGUCGACAAGUCCCUAAUGCCCAGUCAGCAGAAGCAGAGUUUCCUCCCCACAGACGACUACUUCACGCCACUCUUUGUCCAGGGCUUUACUCAGACAUCAAAGUGGAUGAAGCCGAUUGAAGUUGUUCUCAACCAAUCCCACAAGACGGUCUCUACCCCGGACGCCUAUGUGGCUAUCCAAGACAACCAAGCAUGUCGAGUUCUUCGCCGAGUUUAUCACCUUCAGCAGCACGACAAAUGGUCGCUACGGCAGCCCAAGAGAUGCCCAGAACCUGUACGCCCAGAGUCCCACUGGGAUGUCCUUCUCCAUGAGAUGAAAUGGAUGAGGACGGACUUCAGAGAAGAGAAGAAGUGGAGACUCGCGGCCGCUCGCAAUCUUGCUCAUGCUUGCGCGGAAUGGGUCGCCUCGACCGAGGAUGAACGCAAGGAGCUUCAGGUCUCUUCCUAUAUCCCGCCGUUGCCACAGCCAGCCGACACCGAGGCUGACAUAUCCAUGGCCGAGACCGCGAUGGAUGUUGUUGAUGCCCAGGCAACCCCUGAGCUGGUACCCUCCGGAGACCAAGACUCUCCCGAGCACGUAGACGAGCUGCAGGAAGAGGCUAUCGAGACAGUUGCGCCAUCCGCCAUAUUUGCUCUUGAGGAGGACGACGUCGUUUUUGAGCUUCGGAGCUCUCCGGCCACUGAUCAGCUGCUUCAGGAGCUCCCGAUGUACGGGACGCCUCUGAAGGUUCCUGCAUUUGACUUCACCGGCCCUGAGUUCGACCCCGAUGCACACUGGCGCCGUCCCGCUCUUCCGCUAAGCAAAUAUGUUGAAGGUGAGAUGAAGCUUUCCUCGGAUGGGCCUCCUAGGAAGCGGAGCCGAUACCAGUACGAGGAGGAGGAAGACGAUGAUGACGAGAGGGUGGUGUUUGGAUCUCAGCCUGCAAAGAAGAUGAAGUUGCCGCCGCAAAACACCGAUGUGGCCUUGUUCAAUCCCGAGAUGAAGCCAAUCAGAGACCGGCUUCACGCAGGCCAUCAGUUCCGGCCCCCUGCGGAGUACCAGAUGCCGAUGCAGAACUUCUACGAGUGUCGCAGCCCCUCACAGUGGACCUUGUCCGAGGAUGAUGAGUUGCGGAGCCUCGUUCGCGAGUACUCGUACAACUGGUCGCUCAUCUCAAGCCUCCUCACUCCGAGGUCUCUGUUCAACUCGGGGGCAGAGCGGAGGACGCCGUGGGAAUGCUUUGAACGAUGGAUCAAUCUCGAAGGCUUGCCCACAGACAUGCAGAAGACACAAUACUUCAAAGCCUACCAGAACAGGAUUGAUGCCGCCAACCGCGUCAUCAUGCAACAGAACCAGAUUGCUCAACAACAAGCCGCUGGCUCGACGACGCCGGCGACGCCGGUCGCUAGGCGCAGACCGUCGACGCCUCUCAGAGUUGAGCGGCGGCGCAACCAGAAGCACUUGACGCUGAUCGACGCCAUGAGGAAGCUGGCAAAGAAGCGGGAGACAGCAGCCCAGAAGCAGCAACAUGCCACUCAGAUGGCUGCCAUGCGCAAGGCCAACGAGGCUGCGCAACCUAGAGGCCCCACCAAGACACCCAGGGACUACAGCUUGAUGAGAUGGGAGCGUGACCAGCAACUUGCCGAGAAGGUGGCUCAGUUUCAUCGGCGCCAGGAGGACCAAAGGAGGAUUGCCAUGCAGGCGCGGCAAGGUCAAGUCGCUGCCCAGAUUGCAAGCACUCCUGGCGCUGGCCAGGCGCAGCCAAACGCCGCGGCGCAAGUCAACGGCACCAUUCCCCGUCCGAACAUGCCCAACCAACUCGCCGUUCCCGGCCAGGCCGGCCGAGGCCGUAUGCCAGUGCAAGCACCGACGGCCAACAUGGGCGGCGUUCCAGCCCAGAUGGGCGGGCUUGUGCCUCCAGCCAUGCAGAUGAACGGAGUCCCUCAAGCGCAGAUGCAAGCGGCGAUGCAGGCCCAGCAUAGAAUGCCAAUGCCCAACCCUCAACCCGACGUCAAUUUGAUGCUUCAGGCUCGCCGUAUCUCGGAGCAACAACGGCAAGCUGUUCAGUUGCAGCAGGCUCAACAGCAAGCCCAGCAACAGGCCCACCCACAGCAACCGCAGCAGCAGCACCAACCACAGCAGCAACAGGGUCAGCAGAUGCAUCAGGGAACGCCCACAUCUCACGCAUCUCAAUCCCACUCCCCGCCCAACAUGCGGCCUGCUUCGGUCAAUGGUGUCAAUGGUGCCAACGGGGUCAAUGGGGUCAACCAGCAAAACAUCUACGCCAACGCCCAAGCCUUGAUGGCAUCGGUCAACAGUGCUAAUGGCGUUGGAGUAUCGACGCCUCCAGCUGGUGGCCUCCACAUGCCGAACGGCACUGCGGGUUCCCCUCGGCCCCUGACCCAGGUGCCUGCCAGCAUUCAAGUCCAGCUGAACAACCUGGAGAAUCAGUACAGGGCAAAGAACCCGAACCUGACACCCGAGCAGGUCCGCCAAGCUGCCACGGAAUAUCUCACGCGCUUGAUGAUUGCACAAAGAACGAACAUGUCGCAAAAUGCUAUGAAUGCGGCUGCCGGCGGUGGAGGUGCCGCGUCUCCCGGUAUCGCCAAUGGCCUUGCGGCCACCACCAGCCCGCAUCAAUAUGCUGCUCUUCUCAGGCAGCAACAGCAGCAACAAGCGGCGGCUGCUGCUGCCCAGAAUGGUCAACCUCAGAACGGCCAGCACCAGCAGACGCACCAUCAGCAGCAUCACGGCCAACAAGCCCAAUUGCACCAUCAGCAGCAACAGCAUGGCCAGCAACAUCAUGCUCAGCAGCAGCAAAAUGGCCAACAGCCUCACGCCCAGCAGCAACACGUCCAACCGCAGCAUACCCAGCACCAGCAACACCAGGUUCGAGCCCAGCCAACGCCACAGCCACAGCCCCAGCCCCAGACCCAGCACACGCCUCAACCUCCUCAGCCCCAGCAGCUGCCGAAGCAGGCUCAACAUCAGCAACAACAUCAGCCCCAGCAGAUCCAACGAGCCCCUUCGGCUCAGCCUACUCAACCGGCGCAGCAGCACCUUCAACAGGCCCAGCAGGUCCAGAAGCCUCCAACUCCUCACACGCCCGUUCAACAGGUUCAGAAGCCUCCGACGCCUGUCGCGCCUGUCGCGCCUGUCCAGAAGCCUCCCACACCGCAGAUGCAGAAGGCCCAAACACCGCAGAUGCAGAAGGCCCAGACGCCUCAGAUGCAGAAGGCUCAGACGCCUCAGAUGCAGCAACAGGCGCAGGCUCAACCGCAAGCGCAACAACAGGCACAGCAGGCGGCACAACAAGCUCAGCAGCAGCGUCAAGCUAGCGGCAGCGCAACACCCUCAGCUACGCCCGCGACGUGAGCCGGGUGAAGGGUUCAGUUCCUAACAUAAUCACAAUACAAAGCCACUGUGCGAAGACGAUUCGAAAGUCUGAAGGCUAGCGAAGAGGAGUGCCAAGGGUGUGGCGAUAGUACACCAUACGGAGAGAAGCGGUUGCGGAAGGCGCGGACGGAUGCCCAUAAGGGGACGGAAAGAUCAGGGCACCUUCGCAUUGUCGUCGCGCCGUUCGCGGCCCCGUCUUGCCAAAGAAACACCAUGUUUACAGUUUUUCUUGUUUGCGAGUUAGAUGGCGUUAAAACAAGACGGGAGAGCACCGGCGGCGCGAGCAGACGGAAAUGUACAUAGAAACAACACCCCACCAAUUGUGAGAUUCUCGCUGUCAACGGAGAGGUUUGGAAGCAAAAACAUCCUACCAACCCUAGGUUUAGGUUGUAGGUAAACACUUAUAAUGCGAAGACGAAGAAAAGAUGGCGGCGGUUGCCGCUGUAGCUGUAGCUGCAGCACCGAAGAGGCAAUUUCCUGCUACUAGAGAGUGUGGUGGAAGACAAGCCUAGCUGCCGGCCGACGAGGAAAAGAUGAAAUGACGAAAGAGAAAAGAAAGCCACCUCGGUGUUUGGUCCCAUCCGUCGUCCGUGAUCCAUCUUCCCCGCUAUCCUACCC